AUGGCUAUGCCACAAAUAAGCGUGGCCGACCAGGCAAAAUUGCAGCUGAUGCAAGAAAUGGAAAUUGAAAUGAUGUCGGAUUUAUAUAACCGCAUGACAAACGCCUGUCACAAGAAGUGCAUCCCGCCGCGCUACGGCGAGUCGGAAUUGGGCAAAGGCGAAAUGGUUUGCAUCGACAGAUGUGUUGCAAAAUAUUUGGACAUACAUGAAAAGAUUGGCAAGAAGCUAACUGCCAUGUCCAUGCAGGACGAGGAGCUGAUCAAAAAAAUGUCUAGUUAAAUUUUAAGUUACUAGGAUUUGGUCACAUUGACCCAAGCCAAAGCGCAUUUCAAUUGUUACGUUUUACACACACCCCGACAAGCACACACACACAAAUUCAAAUAAACAUAGUACGCAACAA